AUCGGCCCAGGCAGCGAUAACGUCAACGCUAACACCACAGCAAGCUUACACAGCUUUAUCGCCAAAGCCUUCCACCUGCAUCAUGUCAGCGUGCACAAACUGGAUCAAACAAAAGCCGACACAUCCUUCUACAUAAGACUUUUGAAAAAUAAUAGUUUCCCUCAGCUGGUGAUUUCAAAUAAGAACACCAAAAUGUGGAGAGGCCUUGGUAGACUGUUCCCUCCGCAUUUUUUCCACUCCUGGUUGGGACAUGCUGUCGUCAUACUCCUACUAAUACGAUUCAUUAUCAAUCACUGCUUGGCAAUGUCUUACCCAGGGUAAAGCUGAACGCCACUCACCAAACCGGAUGGAUCAAUUCUCGACAAAAUACUCACUGACUCCGGAGGAGAGCGACGGCCCACGAAAACAAAGCAACAUGAGCGAUUCUCCACAGAUUUGAGAAGAAAAAAAAGGCUUGACAGAAGAACUGAGGCUGUCACAGCUGAUCUACUUGAGGCCGGACAAGCCCGAAGAAAAGAAAGCUUCUUGGCUUGUGCCUGAAAGUGGUGUUGCUGUUGCCGACUGACUACUCGGCAAAGGAAGUCUUGUCUUGCCACGCCGGUUUCACCUUUUCAUAACAGUUUUAUCCCAAUACCGCGCCGUUUUGCUCUAUUCCUAUCCGUCUUACUUAGAUUUAUGAAGGUUUUGAUAUCGUUUCGGAAAUACAGGAGCGCUAACACUUUCUUUUUGGACUUUUAGAGGUUUAUUCGGUAUUACUACAAAUUUGGCAACCGACGCGACUGUUUGGUUAGGUCAAGCAGCACGAAGGAAGGAUCUCGGCGAUGGCCACUGCCAAUUUGUGAAAUUUGGUUCGAAGGCAAUAUCCAGGCACGCUUCAUUUGUGUUGGACACGGACUCGACAGCGUUUUCGUGGAUGGAUUGUGUGUUCGAGUUAAGCGUCGGAGCUGAUAGGCACUGGAUGCUGCCUCUGCUGCCAGGUUCAGUUUGAUUUGGCUGGCUCACUCAAAUAAAAUUGCUCAGCAGUGCAAGUGUAAUUUUGGCUGCUUUCGUCAAUGAUUCGAGGACACUGGUGCUGAAAAGCCUGCGACGGCUGGACGUGUCUAGUAGUAGUCUUGGACCCGUGUCGAGCAACACGGGAGAAAGUAAGCUAGUAGCGGGAAGUGGACAAGAUCCAUGUUGCAUCUGUGCUGUGAUCUGAGUUUAUGCAAUGGCGUUUCGCGGCAACAAGCGGCCCGUCUCGCCAAGCCACUCGGCUUCGGCUGGAAUGACUGGCAGCCCCAUGACGGGCUCCAAAGCCUUCCUUGCCAGGGCGAACACAAUGUCGCUGACGACGGCAGACGACGUCAGUCCGGCUUCAGUUUGUGCGAGCUCCAGUGAUGCUGCAGUUUCGUCGUUUGCUGUGAGCACCAGUCCUGGCGAUGAUCUUAUGAGGUCUCGUUCGCACACGUUCUCUGGCCGGUCGGAGGAAGCCGCUCCGAUGGCCAGUGCGGCGACUGCGACCCCCACGUACGACGAGGCGUUCAACAUGGACUGGUCGCAGACGGCCGUGGACGGCAAGCACAUGUGGGGCGAGCGCGACAACGCCCGCGAGAACUGCUACGUCUGCGGCGACGGGCGGGCGCGCGGCACGUUCCUGAAGUGCUACGCGUGCAAGGUGAUCGUGCACGUCAUGUGUACCAAGGACCUGGUGGCGAGCGGGCUGACGUGUCGGCCCACGUUUCGCGAGUACACGAUGAGCACGUCGCCGGACGACUUCAUCCACCGACACCACUGGGUGAACCAGCGGCGGCCCACGGGCAAGUGCGCCGGCUGCAACAAGACGUUCAACCCGAAGUUCGCCUUCUCCGGCACCAGCUCGCGCGACUUCCCCGGCGUGGGCUGCUCGUGGUGCAAGCUGCAGUACCACAACAACUGCUUUCGAUUCCAGCUGAUCGACGAGCCGUGCAGCCUGGGAGAGUUCAGCUCCAUGAUCCUGCCGCCGGCGUGUGUGGUUCGCCUGCCCAAGUUCGACGAGGCCGCGUCGCGGCGACGGCGGUCGAUCAAGCGGCGCUCGCGUCGCAGCAAGGAGCAGCGCUACUUCACCAUCCAGCCGCAGAAGGCCGCGCAGCGCCGCCCCCUGCUCGUCUUCAUCAACCCGAAGUCCGGCGGCAACCAGGGCGCCAAGCUGCUGGCCAAGUUCGUCUGGCUGCUGAACCCGCGCCAGGUGUUUAACCUACUGGACGGCGGGCCCAGCUUUGGUCUGCGCCUAUUCGCACGAGUGCAGCGUGCCCGCAUUCUGGUCUGUGGUGGCGACGGCACCAUCGGCUGGAUCCUGUCGGUCAUCGACCAGCUGAAGAUCCGGCCUUGCCCGCCCAUCGCCGUCCUGCCCAUCGGCACUGGCAACGACCUGGCCCGGACGCUGAACUGGGGCGGUGGCUACCAGGACGAGCCCCUCACGCGCAUUCUGCACCAGGUAGACGACGCGGCCAUCAUCCACCUGGACCGCUGGGACCUGCAGCUGACGCCCAUACCCGUCGACCUGUCGCAGGAGGACGAGGUGCCGGCGGCCGGAGCUCCCGCCGUGUCGGACACGCUGCCGCUCACCGUCAUGAACAACUACUUCUCGAUGGGCGCCGACGCACUGGUGGUGCUCGACUUCCACGAGUCGCGCGAGGCCAAGCCUGAGCGUUUCAACUCGCGAUGGUAUAACAAGAUCUACUAUGCGCAAGCAGGUGGAAAGGAACUUUUUGAGCGAAAACUUCGAGAUCUUUUCAAGCAUGUGGAGGUGACAGCGGACGGAGUGGAUCUGACACCCCGGAUACGGGAACAGAGGGUGGCUGCACUAGCGUGUAUCAACAUAACCCGCUACUCCGCUGGUACCCAGCCAUGGGGCAUCCCUGCUGCAGACUGUGAAUUCGGACCGACGCAGCUUGACGAUGGCAAAUUUGAGAUCAUUGGAUUCACCACGCCGAUGUUGGCCACGUUACAGAUGGGCAGUCACGGCAUCAGGCUGGCGCAAUGCUCUCAAGCAGUCAUCUCCACCAAGCGUGUCAUUCCGGCUCAGGUCGACGGCGAGCCGUGCAGACUGGCGCCGAGCACCAUUGUCAUUUCGAUGCGCAACCGCGCGUGCAUGCUGCAGCGCGUCAAGCGCAAGGACCGCCUCGUCACCAGCAUGACCUCGUACCCGGCCAACCUGGUCGAGAACCGCUUCCAGCAGACGGACGAGGCACUGCUGGAGGGAGAGUUCGAAGUCAUCAAUCCGACUAGUAUCACUAGCCAGCACGGUACUGGUGGCUCGCCCGCAUCGCCACAAUCCUCGGCAAAGCCAUCAGCGCAGGUCACUCACAGCGCAAUCUCGCCUUUGGGCUCUCCGCUCGCCGUCGCCAGCAUGAAUCACCGCUCCCUGUCGGCGAUGUCGCCGGGCAAGUCCCGCUCCGCCAACAGCUCGCCGCUGCACUCACCGGGGGUGACGCGGACGCGCCUGAAGCGCCUGUCGCUCUCCAACCAGUCGCUGCCCGACCAGACGGGAGAUCUGCUGAACGGCGCCGUGCAGUGCUUCAACGUGACACCGCCGCCGGGGGUGGUCAAGACGAAGGGUGCGCCCACCGUCGUCAUGGCCACGGACAGUGCACCGGCCGGCAUCACGCAUCGCCACCCCGUGUCCAUACUGGUGCGCAACGGCCUGGAGAAUCCGUCGUCAGGGCAUCCAAUAAGACGGCGGUCACCUUGUUCAAGUAUAGCAGACAGUGUUGAUGACAUAGUGGAGGAGUCCUAUGGUAUGCCAGGGUCUUCAUCGUCGUGCUCAUCAUCCAAGCACAGCGUAUCGUCCGUGUCCGAUCCCCCGCACUCGCAGAUGCAGAGUAGUAGCAGCACUACGAGUUGCACGUCGCGUAACGACAUCCUCAUCACAACCACCGCCAGCGGGCAUGAUCCCGGCGAAGUGCAGAGGGCGCUCUUCAACGCAUGUCGACAAGGUAACCAGCCGGGUGUAGGCCAGGCACUGAGUCUCGGUGCUUCACUAACACUGGCAGACGGCGAUGGUCUAACGCCGCUUCAUCUGGCUGCCAGGCACAAUCGCAAGCACAUUGUCAGUCAUUUACUGAGUCUGUUGCCCAGAGCGGCUAUCGAUCAGGUUGACAGUAGCAAUGGGCGAACUGCGUUACACAAGGCCACAUGGCAUGGCUAUCCAGAAGUAUGUCAGCUACUCGUGGACGCCGGGGCGUCACUAACAAUCGCUGACGGCAAUGCCCAAACACCGUACAUGCUCAGCCAGCAAGUCGGCAAUCUGGAGCUGCAGAAGUUCAUGUUUGCCUGUGAGCAGCGGCAGCGUAUCAAGGAAGAUCAGAGUGAGACGGCGGUGUGAGUACUACCAACGGGUUUGUGUUCCAUGCCAUUGCUGCCACGGGUUCUGCGUGAUAGCGCAGGCUAUACACAUACAGUGCCGUGUCUUGUCUCCACGUGGAAUCAUGACACCUAGGAGUUUGUUUAUGCCCUUGUGCUGUCGGUGACGUCCUGAUCUGCUCCCGUCCGUGGACCGUACUCGGCCCCGUGCUAGCUCUGUCUUUGCGGCGCCAUCCGGCCGUCAACAUCUUCACGGUGACCCUGCCACGUGUCCGGACACGGGCCAACAAGUACCGUGCUGUCAUGUACGUUGUCGGAUUACCGGCAGCGACUGUGCUUCACGCUAACUCUCUCUCUCGCACUAGUCUACUACCGACAUCUUGCUUGCCCACCUUUUGGACACAGCGCUGAUUUGAGCAGGACCAUUCGGCCGUGUUCUUGGUGUGUCGCGCCAUCUUUUUUUGUUUCGUUUUGUUUUAGCUUUAUUAGCUUCCUAGUUAUAUUUCAUCAUUGUUAGAUGUGUAAAAUGAUGUUCUCCGCCAAUCAUAGGCGGACGACCGGAAGAAGAAAAAAUGCACAUCAUUAUGAAACAUAGAGAAAUUUCGAAAUUCCCCUUUUUGCCUGCCUACCCGCCCAAUCUCCCUGAAACGCGGACGUUACUUUUUGCAUGUGCACGCCUGGUUUUCACGGGUUACGUCGUUUUGAGAGAUUUCCGCACGCCGUGCUGUCGAUUUCUAAUUCGCUGCAACAGCAGCCGCCGCGCGCAUAUAACACAUAUUUACUGCCUGGUCUCCUGCGUCCUAUAGCUUUGUCCGUUACUCUUUCUCGUUUUUACCCGUCCGUCGUUUUCUCGCCGUGUUGGGUUCCUUCUUUGCUUGCUUGCUUGCGCCGCUCUUAAUCUCGUCUGCCGUCCCGCUGCUGGCAAUCACCCCAGCUCUCCAGUGUUUGAGAGCCCGGUGAGUGGCUGGGCCUAGCUUCUUCCACGCAGAGUCAGCUGCCAAAUGGGACAAGCUACCCCCCGCAAUUUUUUACAAUCCAAUUAUAUAUUGAUGUUGAUCUCCCCUCCCCUUAUUGCAGCAAAUUGAUUGGUGCUACAGCAUCCAUUGCUUCCGUUUUGAUUUUUUUUUUUCUGAACCUUUGACCCGGUCGUCGUCCCCCUGUUACCCGAUAUCCAGCCCCCUGUGUGCGGAUGUGAUAUUCUUCUAAGUAAAUUCUCGCAGCGCCGCUAACUGUGUGUCGCUAGCGCCGCUGACCGCGACGUGUGGCACCUUGCCUUGUAUUAGUAAUCUCUUCUUUUUCUUCCUUUUUCAAUCUCGUCCGUGUUCGUUUAUUUGUUCUCGUUUUUUAUGCUCCGUAGUCAAGCGAAGACUAUUAGUCAUUGUGCUCGUUUUCAGUCGUCCGUUACUUAGUGACUAGCUUGUAGUGGAAUCUCUCGCCAUCUGAUGCGUUUAGUUAUACUUAUUCCUUUAAAUACCUCCUACUCCUUAUCUGGAUAUUCUCGGCGCGAGGCUGAAGCAAGCCUGCCCGCCGUCUCUACAGUUAUCCUCUCUGGCUGACUGACUCUAUUUUUCCCUCUCUCUCUCUCUUCUCUCUCUCCUUCUGUACUGUACAUAUAAUGUCAAUGUACAUUCUUUCCCAUUCGUUAAGAUCUCUCGCACAUGAUUUAGGGCUGUGUGUGCAGCCACCCUUUGUCAAUUCAUAGUUGUAGUUCAAUUUCGAGAAAUUUAAUUAAAGCUGCACUCCAUUUUCUACAGAUGA